CUGACGGUUUUCAGAGGACACAUGAAAAGCCAAGUGAAGGGACGGCAAGUUUCCCGAUGCCACGUGAACAGCCAAGCGAAAAGACAGACAGUUUUCCGGGGACAUGUGAACAGUCAGGUAAAGUGAUGGAUUGUUCCCUGGGGAGACGUGAACCGCCAGGUGAAAAGAGGGAACAUUCCUUAGGGACACACGAACACCCAUGUAAAGAGACGGACAGUCCCCCGGUGACAUGUGAACAGCCAUGUGAAGAGACAGAUAGUUCCCUGGGGACAUUUGCAGAGCCAGGUAAAGAGAUGGGCAGUUCUCUGGGGACAUGUGAAAAGCCAGGUGAAGAAAUGGACAGUGCUCUGGGGACAUGUGAACAGCCAGGUGAAGAAACUGAAAGUUCCCUGGUGAGACAUGAACAUUCAGGUGAAGAGACGGACAGUCCCCCGGGGACAUGUGAACAGUCAUGUGAAGAGACAGAUAGCUCCCUGAGGACCUGUACACAGUCAGUUGAAGAUACUGACAGUUCCCCGGUGACACAUAAACUGCCAGGUAAAAAGACGGACAGUUCUCUAGUUACUUGUGAACUUUCAGGUGAAGAGACGGACAGUUCCCUGGGGACACGUGAACCAGGUGAAGAGACAGACAGUUCCUCUGUGACACAUGAACAACCAGGUGAAGAAAAAGACAGUUCCUUGGUGACAUGUGAACAGCCAUGUAAAGAGAUGGAUAGUUCCCUGAGGACAUGUGCACAGCCAAGUGAAGAUACGGACUGUUCCCCAUUGACACAUGAACAGCCAGGUGAAAAGACGAACAGUUCCCUGGUUACUCAACAGCCAGGUGAAGAAACUGAAAGUUCCCUGGUGAAACAUGAACAUUCAGGUGAAGAGACGGACAGUCCCCUGGGGACAUGUGAACAGCCAUGUGAAGAAAUGGAUAGUUCCCUGAGGACAUGUGCACAGCCAGGUGAAGAUACGGACAGUUCCCCAGUGACACAUAAACUGCCAGGUAAAAAGACGGACAGUUCCCUGCUUACUUGUGAACUUUUAGGUGAAGAGACGGACAGUUCCUUGGGGACACGUGAACAACCAGGUGAAGAGACAGACAGUUCCUCUGUGACACAUGAACAACCAGGUGAAGAAACAGUCAGUUUCUCAGUGAAACAUGAACAAGCAUGUGAAAAGAUAGAUAGUUCCCUGAGGACAUGUGCACAGCCAGGUGAAGACACUGACAGUUCCUUGGUGACAUGUGAACAGCCAUGUGAAGAAACUGAAAGUUCCCUGGUGAAACAUGAACAUUCAGGUGAAGAGAUGGACACUCCCCCGGGGACAUGUGAACAGCCAUGUGAAGAAAUGGAUAGUUCCCUGAGGACACGUGCACAGGCAGGUGAAGAUACGGACAGUUCCCCAGUUGUACAUGAACAGCCAGGAGAAAAGAUGGACAGUUCCCCAGUGAUACAUGAACAGCCAGGAGAAAAGAUGGACAGUUCCCUGGUUACACGUGAACAGCCAGGUGAAGAAACAGAAGGUUCACCGGUGAAACAUGAACAUUCAGGUGAAGAGAUGAACGGUUCCCUUUGGACACGUGAACAGCCAGGUGAAAAAACGGACAGUUCCCUGGUGAAAUUUAAACGGCCAGUUGAAAAGAUGGACAGUUCCACAGUGACACGUCAACUGCCAGGUGAAGAGACCGACAGUUCUCCAGUGACAUGUAAACAGCCAAGUGAAGAGACGGACAAUUUUCCGGUGAAAAAUGAACAGCCAGGUGAAAAGAUGGACAGUUCCCUGGUUACACGUGAACAGCCAGGUGAAGAAACAGAAGGUUCACCGGUGAAACAUGAACAUUCAGGUGAAGAGAUGAACGGUUCCCUUUGGACACGUGAACAGCCAGGUGAAAAAACGGACAGUUCCCUGGUGAAAUUUAAACAGCCAGUUGAAAAGAUGGACAGUUCCACAGUGACACGUCAACUGCCAGGUGAAGAGACCGACAGUUCUCCAGUGACAUGUAAACAGCCAAGUGAAGAGACGGACAAUUUUCCGGUGAAAAAUGAACAGCCAGGUGAAGAGAUGAACAGUUCCCCGGUCAAACGUGAACAUCCAGGUAAAGAGACAGACAGUUCCCCAGUGACACUUGAACAGCCAGGAGAAGAAAUAGAAUGUUCCCCAGGGACACAUGCACAGCCAGGUAAAGAGACAGACAGUUCCCAUGUGACAUGUAAACAGCCAGGUGACAAGAAAGACAGUUCCCCAGGGACACGUGAACAGCCAGGUGAAAAGAAAGACAGAUUCCCAGAGAUAAACGAACAGCCAGGUGAAGAAACAGUCAGUUUCUCAGUGACACAUGAACAAGCAUGUGAAGAGAUGGAUAGUUCCCUGAGGACAUGUGCACAGCCAGGUGAAGAUACGGACUGUUCCCCACUGACACAUGAACAGCCAGGUGAAAAGACGAACAGUUCCCUGGUUACUCAACAGCCAGGUGAAGAAACUGAAAGUUCCCUGGUGAAACAUGAACAUUCAGGUGAAGAGAUGGACACUCCCCCGGAGACAUGUGAACAGCCAUGUGAAGAAAUGGAUAGUUCCCUGAGGACAUUUGCACAGCCAGGUGAAGAUACGGACAGUGCCCCGCUGACACAUGAACAGCCAGGUGAAAAGACUGACAGUUCCCUGGUUACUCAACAGCCAGGUGAAGAAACUGAAAGUUCCCUGGUGAAACACGAACAUUCAGGUGAAGAGACGGACACUCCCCCGGGGACAUGUGAACAGCCAUGUGAAGAAAUGGAUAGUUCCCUGAGGACAUGUGCACAGCCAGGUGAAGAAACAGACAGUUCCUCUGUGACACGCGAACAGCCAGGUGAAAAGAUGAACAGUUCCCUGGUUACUCAACAGCCAGGUGAAGAAACUGAAAGUUCCCUGGUGAGACAUGAACAUUCAGGUGAAGAGACGGACAGUCCCCCGGGGACAUGUGAACAGCCAUGUGAAGAAAUGGAUAGUUCCCUGAGGACAUGUGCACAGCCAGGUGAAGAUACGGACAGUUCCCCACUGACACAUGAACAGCCAGGUGAAAAGACUGACAGUUCCCUGGUUACUCAACAGCCAGGUGAAGAAACUGAAAGUUCCCUGGUGAAACAUGAACAUCCAGGUGAAGAGACGGACACUCCCCCGGGGACAUGUGAACAGCCAUGUGAAGAAAUGGAUAGUUCCCUGAGGACAUGUGCACAGCCAGGUGAAGAUACGGACAGUUCCCCAGUCAUACAUGAACAGCCAGGUGAAAAGAUGGACAGUUCCCUGGUUACACAUGAACAGCCAGGUGAAGAAACGGAAAGUUUACUGGUGAAACGUGAACAUUCAGAUGAAGAGAUGGACAGUUCCCUGGGGAAACGUGAACAGCCAGGUGAAGAGACGGACAGUUCCUCUGUGGCAUGUGAACAGCCAGGUGAAGAAACAGACAGUUCCUCUGUGACACGCGAACAGCCAGAGGAAGAAACAGACAGUUCCUUGGUGACAUGUGAACAGCCAUGUGAAAAGAUAAACAGGUCCCUGGUUACUCAACAGCCAGGUGAAGAAACUGAAAGUUCCCUGGUGAGACAUGAACAUUCAGGUGAAGAGACGGACAGUCCCCCGGGGACAUGUGAACAGCCAUGUGAAGAAAUGGAUAGUUCCCUGAGGACAUGUGCACAGCCAGGUGAAGAUACGGACAUUUCCCCACUGACACAUGAACAGCCAGGAGAAAAGAUGGACAGUUCCCUGGUUACACGUGAACAGCCAGGUGAAGAAACAGAAGGUUCACCGGUGAAACAUGAACAUUCAGGUGAAGAGACGAACGGUUCCCUGGGGAAACUUGAGCAUUCAGGUGAAGAGACAGACAGUUCCUUGUGGAAACGUGAACAGCCAGGUGAAAAAACGGACAGUUCCCUGGUUACUCGUGAACUGGUAGGUGAAGAAAUUGACAAUUUACAAGGGACAGGUGAACACCCAGGUGAAAAAACGGAAAGUUACCUAGUGAAACAUGAACAUUCAGAUAAAGAGAUGGAAAGUUUCCCGGUGAAACAUGUACAGCCAGGUGAAGAAACAAACAGUUCCUCAGGGACACAUGCACAUCCAGGUAGAGAGACAUACAGUUCCCUUGUGACAACUGAACACCCAUGUAAAGAGACAGAGAGAUCCUCAGUGACACGUGAACAGCCAGGUGAAAAGAGGGACACUUCCUUGGUGACUCAUAAACAGGCAAAUAAAGAGAAGGACAGUUUCCUGGUAGCAUGUGAACACCCAUGUGAAAAGAUGGACAGUCCCCAGGUGACACGUGAACAGCCAUGUAAGGGGACAGAUAGUUCAUCAAGGACAUGUGCACAGCCAGGUGAAGAGACAGACAGUCCCCAGGUGACACAUCAACAGCCAACUGAAGAGACAAACAGUUCCCAGGUGAUACAUAAACAGCCAGGUGAAAAGAUGGACAGUUCCCUGGUUACACAUGAACAGCCAGGUGAAGAAACGGAAAGUUUACUGGUGAAACAUGAACAUUCAGGUAAAGAGAUGGACAGUUCCCUGGGGACACUUGAACAUUCAGGUGAAGAGACAGACAGUUCCCCGGGGAAACGUGAACAGCCAGAUGAAGAGACGGACAGUUCCUCUGUGACAUGUGAACAGCCAUGUGACGAAACAGACAGUUCCUUUGUGACACGCGAACAGCCAGGUGAAGAAACAGACAGUUCCUUGGUGACAUGUGAACAGCGAUGUGAAAAGAUGAACAGUUCCCUGGUUACUCAACAGCCAGGUGAAGAAACUGAAAGUUCCCUGGUAAGACAUGAACAUUCAGGUGAAGAGACGGACAGUCCCCCGGGGACAUGUGAACAGCCAUGUGAAGAAAUGUAUAGUUCCCUGAGGACAUGUGCACAGUCAGGUGAAGAUACGGACAUUUCCCCACUGACACAUGAAAAGCCAGGUGAAAAGACUUACAGUUCCCUGGUUACUCAACAGCCAGGUGAAGAAACUAAAAGUUCCCUGGUGAGACAUGAACAUUCAGGUGAAGAGACGGACACUCUCCCGGGGACAUGUGAACAGCCAUGUGAAGAAAUGGAUAGUUCCCUGAGGACAUGUGCACAGCCAGGUGAAAAUACGGACAGUUCCCUGCUGACACAUGAACAGCCAGUUGAAAAGACUGACAGUUUCCUGGUUACACAUGAACAGCCAGGUGAAGAAACAGAAAGUUUACUGCUGAAACAUGAACAUUCAGGUAAAGAUACGGACAGUUUCCUGGGGACACUUGAACAUUCAGGUGAAGAGACGGACAGUCCCCUGGGGAAACGUGAACAGCCAGGUGAAGAGACAGACAGUUCCUCUAUGACAUGUGAACAGCCAGGUGAAGAAACAGACAGUUCCUCUGUGACACGGAAACAGCCAGGUGAAGAAACAGACAGUUCCUUGGUGACAUGUGAACAGCCAUGUGAAAAGAUGAACAGUUCCCUGGUUACUCAACAGCCAGGUGAAGAAACUGAAAGUUCCCUAAUUACUCAACUGCCAGUUGAAGAAACUGAAAGUUCCCUGGUGAGACAUGAACAUUCAGGUGAAGAGACGGACAGUCCCCCGGGGACAUGUGAACAGCCAUGGGAAGAAAUGGAUAGUUCCCUGAGGACAUGUGCACAGCCAGGUGAAAAUACGGACAGUUCCCCACUGACACAUGAACAGCCAGGUGAAAAGACUGACAGUUCCCUGGUUACUCAACAGCCAGGUGAAGAAACUGAAAGUUACCUGGUGAAACAUGAACAUUCAGGUGGAAGGAAGGACACUGCCCCAGGGACAUGUGAACAGCCAUGUGAAGAAAUUGAUAGUUCCCUGGGGACAUGUGCACAGCCAGGUGAAGAAACAGACAGUUUCUCUGUGACCCGCGAACAGCCAGGUGAAGAAACAGACAGUUCCUUGGUGACAUGUGAACAGUCAUGUGAAAAGAUGAACAGUUCCCUGGUUACUCAACAGCCAGGUGAAGAAACUGAAAGUUACCUGGUGAAACAUGAACAUUCAGGUGAAAGGACGGACACUCCCCCGGGGACAUGUGAACUGCCAUGUGAAGAAAUUGAUAGUUCCCUGAGGACAUGUGCACAGCCAGGUGAAGAUACGGACAGUUCCCUAGUGAUACAUGAACAGCCAGGUGAAAAGAUGGACGGUUCCCUGGUUACACGUGAACAGCCAGGUGAAGAAACAGAAGGUUCACCGGUGAAACAUGAACAUUCAGGUGAAGAGACGAACGGUUCCCUGGGGACACAUGAACAGCCAGGUGAAGAGACGAACAGUUCUCUGGGGACACGUGAACAGCCAGGUGAAAAGACGGACAGUUCCCAGGGGACAUUUGAACAGUCAGGUGAAGAGAAUGACAGUUCCUCAGUGGCACAUCAAGAACCACACAAUGUCCCAUGCACUUCUACUAUGGAAAACGUAAUACCAAUGGAAGGAAUCAACUCUGAACCUGAUGGUCAUGCACAUGUACCCUUAGACUUUGAUGAUUCAUCUCAGAGCACCACAGGUCUUGAAAACCCCAAAAGUACGUGGCACGCUUCAUCACAACCUUUGAGGAGCUCUUCCUUACCUGAGAAAGUAGAUAAACAAAAGAUAUGUGUGGAGCAAGUAAUGAACAGACUUCACCUGAACGGCAAAUAUCAGAAACUGAAAACUACAGAUUUUCUUCAGCUUACUGAACAUUCACAGUUUCAUGAGGUCUGCGUAGAGGAAAUGUUUGCUCAGGCUUUUCUACAAAAAUUACUUAUGAUAAAUUACAGAGCAAGAUGCAUCAAAAGUGAAUGGAACAAUGAACAAAAUCCCACAGAAAAUGAGUUCUCUGAAGAUGUGGAAGAUGCUUUUGAUGCUAUUUUUGAUGAAACAACUAGACCUGUUAAAGACUUCAACAAAUUAGAGCCAAUUCACUUGAUGGACGCUCAGAUGGCUGUGUUUUAUUGUGCUGAUAGUUUUCUAAAGCAGCUCAUGGUCACUAAACUCUCACAGUGUCAGUUUGCUCUUCCUCUGCUUGUACCAAAUCCAUUCACACAGAAGAUUGAGUUUCCUCUCUGGACAUUCAGACAAAUCAACAAGAGCUGGAAGACAACUGAUGAUAAAGGUCAAACCUUUAACAAAACCCAACCGGUCUACAAGACAGAAACACCAAUGGUGGCUUUCUUCAGGUUUGGCUCUGUAUCCUCAUCUAAAUCUCAGCUGAUGAACAGUUUGAUCAAUGAGAAACACAACACAUUCUUCCACAGGAACUGUCCAGGCAGCAGCAGAUCCAGAGUACUGAUGGAUGGGGUGGUGGAGAUCGCCUGGUACUGCCCAUCUGGAGAAAAAACUGAUACAUUUCCUGACUGUGUUGCAUUCUGUAAUCUUCAUGGUGAUGCAUUAGAAAAUGAGAAACCGUUAAAUAUCUUAACUCAGAUGGCUUCUGUAAAUGUUGUUAUUUUACCUCAACUGAACAGAAAUGACAACAGCAUGACAAAGAUCCAAAAUCUCUACACAGACUCAAAGCCGCUCAUUUGUCUACUUACUGAGAGUGAUUCAGCUCUCAUAGAAAUAUGCGAAGGCAAAUUUAAAAUUGGAUUGAAAGACAAAAGUCAGCCACUUGUAACUGAAGAACUUAGAAGAGCUAUAAAUAAUGGACUCUCAUCUUCAGACUCAUCUUCUCUUUUCAAGCUUGAAGAUGUUCCAGAUAAAUCACACAUCACAGUAGAUGAGAAGAUUGAUGAUGACUGCAGGAUUGGAAAAGAUGCAGCACAGAAAAUGAUGAGUUUACUGAAGAAUAAAGAUCUGACAAAAAUCAAAGAAGCAUUUCUGCCGUGUCAGGGAAAACUGUGGCAUCAGUGGUGUCAGAAGAAUAAAGAACUGCAUCAACCUACACUGGGUGAACUACAAAAGAGUGAUAACAUAGAAAAAAUCAAAAGCUGUAAGAAAUUAGAAAUGCAGAAAAUCCGCAAACAACAGCAAACAUCUGUCUUAAGUGAAUUUAUCCAAAUCUUUAUUCAAGAACUGAAUUCAAAAGAAAGAAAUGCGAAGGCAUAUUUUCUUAAGUGGAUUGGGAUCCUACUGGAUGACUACACAACUGAAACUCUUUCAGCUCUUCAUCAUGAGUAUGAUAAAAAGUGGUCAGCAGUCUUAGAUCUUAAAAAGAAAUCUGAUAAAUCUCAACAACUGGCAGCUGAACAAGAUGAACUUGAGAGAAUAUCUGAGAAACUACAAGCUGCGACCUUUGGUUUGGAGCACAUACUGAGAGAGAUCGGUCAGAUAUAUGAAUCAUGUUCAUCUGUGAAGAAGAACAAGAAAAACCUGAACUUCUCUUCUCUUCCGGUUCUUGCAGCAGAGAUGAUGAUGUCUGGAUUUCCACUGGAGCUGAUGGAUGGAGAUGCUGCUCAUGUUCCUCUGAUCUGGCUUACUGCUGUUUUAGAUGAACUCAUCAAGAAACUGGGAGAUAAAAAAGUCUUUGUGUUGUCAGUUUUAGGGAUUCAAAGCUCUGGGAAAUCAACCAUGUUGAAUGCAAUGUUUGGUCUGCAGUUUGCGGUCAGUGCUGGUCGGUGCACUAGAGGAGCGUUCAUGCAGCUGGUCAGAGUUUCAGAGGAGAUGAAGCUGAAGUUUGAUUAUAUUCUGGUUGUUGAUACUGAAGGUCUUCGUGCUCUAGAGCUUGCUGGAAGAUCAACAAGAAAUCAUGAUAAUGAAAUGGCCACAUUUGUUGUCGGUCUUGGAAAUAUGACAUUGAUCAACAUCUUUGGAGAAAACAUUGCAGAGAUGCGGGACAUCCUUCAGAUUGUUGUUCAGGCCUUGAUGAGGAUGAGAAAGAUCAGACUGAAUCCCAGCUGCAUGUUUGUGCAUCAGAAUAUUUCAGAUAUCUCAGCCGGAGAAAAAAACAUGGAAGGAAGAAGACGACUUCAGGAGAAACUGGAUGAGAUGACAAAACUUGCUGCUGAAGAGGAAGAUUGUGAUGCAGAGUUGUUCAGUGAUGUCAUUGCAUUUGAUGUACAGAAUGACGUGAAGUAUUUAUCACAGCUUUGGGAGGGAAGUCCACCUAUGGCACCACCAAACCCAAACUACAGCAGAAACAUUCAGGAGUUGAAGAGCACCAUUAUCUCAAAAGCAUCAAGAUCAAGCGGCAUUACACUGUCACAGUUCAAAACUCGCAUUAAUGAUCUUUGGAGUGCACUGCUGAAUGAAAACUUUGUGUUCAGCUUUAAAAACACACUGGAGAUUGCCGUAUACAGAAGACUGGAAACUAAGUAUAAUGAGUGGACUUGGAGCCUCAGGAGUGCCAUGAUGAGUACUGAAGAAAAGUUUAACAACAGAAUUGCAAAUGAAAACAAUGAGGUUCAGAAAAAUGAACUGCUGGAUGAAAUGAGGACAACAAAAGAAGAAGUAGAAAAAUCAAUGAAGUCUUAUUUUAAUGAGGACAAAUACAAAAGCAUUCUGUGUCAAUGGAGAGGACGAUUUGAAACCAGAAUUCAAGAUCUUCAUGAUGACCUGGUGAAGGAAACAAAAAGAAAGUUGGAUGAACAGAUUGAACAAAAGAAAGGCAAGCAGAAGCUAGACCAAAAACUGACAGAGUAUGAAAAUAUGCUUUUUACCCGGAGCAAAGAACUCGCUUUGAGUCUGAAACACAGAGAAACAGAUGAACAUGUAUUGAAAGAAGAAUUUGACACAAUGUGGAGUAAAUGGGUCACAGAGAUGACCAAAGAUAUUCCUCCAAUAAAAGAUAUUCAUUAUUGGGAGGAUGUCACUCAGAUUUUAUCUGAAAACAAUGAAUUGACUCAUGUAAAUGAGCGACUAAAUCUACCAGACUUCAAACAGAUACUGAGCAAAGGUGGUUAUGAUGACUACAUUGUAUUACAGAAGCAUCAAGAGCAUUCAGAUGAGACUGAAUCUUCAGAGGAAGCUGAAGAGAGCUCUGAGAAAAGCCAGAUUGGGAUAUUUGAGCGGUUUGUGAAUCCAGCAAAAAACGUGUUUACUUCUUUUUUUCCAGGGAAUAGAAAGCUAAAGAAUCAGAACCUGAAUGCUGAAUAUCACGACUCUGUAAGGCAACUGAUUAAAAAAAUUAUUAAGGAAACUGAAAACAUAAUGAAGAAAUCACCAGUCAAAAGACAGGGCUACAAUGACAGCUACAUCCAAGAGAUAACAGACUGUGUUAAAAAGUCAGUAAAUCAACAUCAAUCAGAGAAAAUAAACUACACUCUGAAAAAGGAGUUUAUUAUAGAUCUCUGUCUCUAUGUUUGUGACAUUGCAAGUGAGAAAUUUACUGAAUGCCACAAGGAAUUCAAGGAAGCAAAUGAUCUGGGAAUGUAUCUUGAGAAGCAAAAAACUCAAUAUUACAACGUCUUCAAGAACUACUGCAGAGGAACAACAACAACAGCCAUACUGAUCGAUUUUAUCUGCAGAAAACUUGAACCGUCUAUCCUACAAGAAGUUUACAACAAAACUGCUAUUGAUGUUGCAGCACAGAUGAGAUCAGAUAUACGAUCAUUAUGUGAAAACAGAUCCAAUCUGGAGAAACACAUUCUGAAAUCACUCGCAGAAAAAGAGGACUUUGAGCAAUACAUACAAUACAUCCAUCAACCCAAAAAACACUUCAAACAAUUCAUAAAGAAUGAAGUAGACAAAUACUUUACUCAACAAAACAAAAUAGUUCUAAAUGUUUUCAAAGGAAAUCUACAACAGAAAGGGCAGAUUGUGAGUAAUGCAGUGCAUACAGUGACAGGGGAGGUAAAAAAAAAGAGAGGAGAUGGCAACAUGUGGUUUACAAGUUUCACCAAAACACUCACAGAUGAGCUGAAAUUCACGGGUGAGUCAUGUGUUGAUCUCAGAGAAAUUGAAGACUUGGAUUUUCUUGAGAAGCAUUUGAGUGAACGUCUGAAUGAAAUGAUGUUAAAGCUACAAAAGAAUUUCACAAGAAUUGGUGACAUUAAAUUGGAAAAGUGCAGGAAGAAACCAGAUGAGAUUUUGAUUGAUCAUUUCUGUCAGUGCUGUUGGGUUCAAUGUCCUUUCUGUAAAGCCAUCUGCACAAACACAAUGGAAGAUCAUCCUGGAGAUCACAGUGUUCCUUUCCAUCGUAAUAAUGGACUGAAUGGGUGGUAUUACAGAGGAACAACAAACUUGGGUAUUUGUUUUUGCACAACAGCAGUAUCUGGUAAACAAUUUUUUCACCCAAAUUCCUCCGAUUAUAGUGUCCCAUGGAAAGAAUAUAGAAAAGCAGGUCCUGAAUAUAAAAACUGGAGCAUCACCCCUGACAACUCUGAGCUGCCAUACUGGAAGUGGUUUGUAUGCAGGUUUCAGAAAGAUCUGGAGAAGUACUACCGUAAAACAUUCAAGGAAGCUGGUAAGAUUCCAGAUGAAUGGAGAAAGAACACAAAAGAGGACGCUAUUGAGAGUUUAGAUAAAUAUAUCUAACGGAGAAGAAAUAAACUUUUUUAUAUAAAUUGGCACUGUUCUGCACUGGAUUUAAAAGAACUUUGUGAAUAAUAAAGCUUACCAUUUUGCUUGAAUGCAUUUAUAAGCAUAAAGUAGACUACAGAAAGACAAAUCAAGACUAC